AUGGGCGGGAGCGCCGGAGGAGCGGCGGCUGUCGGGGCGUCGCGGAGGAAGAAGCGGCUUCACCGGUGGCAAUCCAGGCCGAGCGGCCCGGAGGGGGGAAGGUAUCCAGGGCUGGAGCCGCUCCCAACCCCCCGUGCUGCGGGGCAAGAUGCCCCGCCGGAAGCAGCGCCACCCGCAGCCCGUCAAAGUGGACGUUCCUGGUGCUCCGGCCGAGCCGUCAAGAGAGGAGAGCCCGGCGCCGCAAGCCAGCUUCCUCUUAAAGCAGGAGCUGUCCCUGUCCCUGGAGGACGAAGAGGACAGCAGUGCUCCGAUUCUGGCCUUCGAAAAGGACUCCGAAGGCGAGGGAGAGGACAAAGUGAGGAUUCCCACAGCUGCCCACCUGAUGUCCCCUCCUUGUGUGCUGCAGACUCCCUCGGGGGGACACCUGGACUGCCAGCUUACACGCUGAGUGAUGAGGAUCUCCCGUCUCUGUGCCAGGCCCAGGACGAAGAUGGAGAGAAUGAAGGGCCGGGCCGGGCUUGCCAGCAUUGUGGCCUGCCUAGUCCUGGUUCUACUCCCUGCUGCCCCUCUGAAGUAGGGGAUGAGGAAGGCUCCCCUAAGGGGCGUGUAGUCUUUUCCUGCCAACUGUGCCCCUUUGCCUCACACUACUCCAGCCACCUCAAGCGGCACAUGAAGACUCACAAUGGCGAGAAACCUUACCGCUGUCCGCAUUGCCCGUAUGCCUCAGCUCAGCUGGUUAACCUGACACGCCAUUUGCGAACCCACACUGGUGAGAAGCCCUACCACUGCCCCACCUGCCCCUUCGCUUGCAGCAGCCUUGGCAACCUCAAGAGACACCAGCGGGUCCAUGGCCAGGAACGUCCAGUGCGCUGUAGCUCCUGCAGCUGCCACUGUGUCCAAGGGAAUUCCCUCCAGCACCACAGCGCGGGGAUCCAGGGGGAAUCGGAGGCAGAAAUGGAGGGACCACCCAUUGCAGAUCAGGAGACAGAGCCACCACCAUUGCUGCCUAGCUCCCCAUUUCUGCAGGCGGAAGACUCUAAUACGGUUCUUCCUGAGCUGCUCUUUCCGUUCACGUGCAGGGCAUGUGGAUUGGUGCUACAAGCUGACGAAGGCUUGGGUGAGCCAGUAUGUGGGCGUUGCAGCCUGGCAGUGCUGGGGGCUGAACCAGCCUCACCAAAAGGCUUCUCCUGCCAGUUAUGCCCUUUUAUUACCACCUAUCCUAACCAUCUGGCCCGUCAUAUGAAGACACACAGUGGAGAGAAGCCCUUUGCCUGUGCGCUCUGUCCAUAUGCCUCAGCCCAUCUGGACAACCUCAAGCGGCACCAGCGGGUGCACACCGGUGAGAAACCCUACAAGUGCCCCCUAUGCCCAUAUGCCUGUGGCAAUCUUGCCAACCUCAAGCGCCAUGGACGCAUCCAUUCGGGGGACAAGCCUUUCCGCUGCCGUCUCUGCCCAUAUUCAUGCAACCAGAGCAUGAACCUCAAGCGCCACAUGCUGCGGCAUACAGGUGAAAAGCCCUUUCAGUGCCGCAUCUGCCCCUACACUACUGGCCACUGGGACAAUUACAAGCGUCACCAGAAGGUGCACGGGCAGGGCCUGGCAGAGGAAGGAGGGCCUGGUCCAGACAGCAGCCUGACCUAAUGAUGCUGAAAGACUCCUUGAGCUUCUGACUCUAUAGUUGCCUGCUGUCAAGCCUAUGUAAAAGAUUGACUGGGAUGUGCAGGAGAAGGAGCUGUAUGUACUUGCAGGAGCAGCAGUACCACCUCACUUUUUAAGAAAGUGUUGUUUCCUUUGCUGAAAAGCACCCCGGGGCCUUGCCCUGUCCAGUGCUUCUGUCCAUAGGAAGAAAAAGGCAUCUGCUCUGCAGACCGUUCUCUGAAACUCUCGCUCUGUGGGACAGCUGAAACCUGCAGAGAGGAGCUCCUUUGUCCUCUUUUGUCCUUUUUGUGCCUCCCCUCUUUAGUCCUUUAAUUGUGGUUGCUGCUUGAAUCUGUGUAAUUUAUAUGGUGUAUUAAUGCAUUAAACUGUUUUCUUAUCUGGCUUUAUUUUGGCUGGCAAGAGCAGCUGGAGACUAACUGGCAAACCUGAUCACAGUGCAGUUGUGCUUCUGCUGAACUGGCCUGUGUGAGCAUGUUUACAGCAGGCAUACUGUUAUGCCCUCUUUUCGCCAUCUUAUUUCCAGCAGGAGAGGAAAACAGACAACACGGUCUCAGUAAUGUGGCCUCCACUGUGUCCAUAACUGUUACCUUAUCAUUUUUUGCGGCUCUAGUGCCAAGAUGUUGAAGCAGGAAAUUGGAUGCAGGAGAGAGAAGGGCUCACAGGAUGUGUUUCCAAUCAUGAUUUAUUUAAUCAUUGUCACAAAUGUGUUAAUGUUCAAAUGUAAA